GAUGAAUUCUUUCCCGCGCUUAUUAUCGGGCUUAGGCCGCAAAGAUAUAGCUUGGGUAUGCUCAUCGUGUGCGAGAAGAACACGGCAACGGCCCUCCACACCAUUCUUCAAACCAUCAAUGAGACGAUAUAUCUCCGAAUCUUCGAAACCAAGACAAAAUGCAGUUCCAACAAUGGAACAAUUGCGCGCUCCUUUCCAGAAGAAAAAUAGUACGACAAUGUAUUAUACAAUCAGCAUAAUAUUGGGAACAGUAGCAUUCUCAUAUGGUUCCGUCCCAAUGUACAAAAUGAUCUGCCAAACCACCGGUUUUGGAGGACAACCUAUAAAAGCAUCCGGGCACGGUGGAGCUGAAGGAGAUCCUUCCGUGCGUCUCCAACCCGUCACGUCCGCAAAACGAAUCCGCAUAACGUUCAAUGGGUCCGUGUCCGACGUGUUACCAUGGAAAUUCGUGCCUCAGCAGCGCGAAGUACGAGUCCUACCUGGCGAGACGGCAUUAGCAUUCUACACAGCGACGAACAUGUCUGAUCAGGAUAUAAUUGGGGUGGCGACGUAUAGUGUGACGCCUGGCCAGGUUGCACCGUACUUCAGCAAGAUUCAGUGUUUUUGUUUCGAGGAGCAGAGGUUGAAUGCUGGGGAGACGGUGGAUAUGCCUGUUUUCUUUUAUAUUGAUCCUGAUUUUGUGAAUGAUCCGAGCAUGAGGGGGAUUGAGCAGGUUACGUUGAGUUACACGUUUUUCAAAGCGAGGUAUGAUAAGCAUGGGCAUCUAACGCCUGUGCCAGUGGGGAAUUAAGUGUAGGAUAUUGUAAAUAUAGCAUCAGCAUUGGGUGGCGUUCCGGAAAUGUCAUGGCUUAAGUUGGCAGAGGUGUAUACACACUUCACUAAGUCGUGGAUCUGACUAUGGCCUUGGAAGUUCUCAACAAGCUCUCGCUUUGUGCUUAACUCAUCGCUGCAUUCAACAGCUCAUCCAGGUAUCAUUGUUCGCCAGGACGAAUGAGUUGCAUACGCCCUUCUCCGAAGCGCCUUUUUUAAGGGCUAGAAAAUCUGAGGUGCAAUUGCUUUGUAGAUUCGACAUUUAAAUGUCCUAGAAGUCGUGGAGCGUUGAGUGCAACAUGUAACAAGAAUUUCUCCAAGCAUCACUCACUUCCAAACUCAAGGUGGAAUGGACUGUGACUUGGAGAUUCAAUAUCCCCAUUGUCAAUAGACCAGAACUGUUAGAACAUUGAUAUCAU